AUGUUUUUUGCACAGUUAACGCACAUCACUCGAAUUACUCUUAUUUUAUUAAAUUCAAUGGUGAAUGAAACAGAUCUGGAGAUAGAAAAAAAAUUUUUUAAACCAUUUCUAAGUACAAGAGGCUUACAUUUUGUUGUUACUGAAGUUGAAAGUUUAUUACAAGAAGUCAAUUUCACGAUCAGAAUAUACGGCUGUAAGGCUACGUCGGACCCACUAACUUUCGACGCAGGACCAAAGAUAUCGGAAAUUAUUAUGCUAUUGCAGCCAAGUAAUAUUGUUGUUGGCAGAAGUGGUAGGGAUAAAAGCAUACUGAUAAGCAAAGAUAUGGGAAAGUCAUGGUUAGUAGUCAAUUAUUUGGCACUAAAGGAACUGAUGUCAGAAUCAUCGAAUAUAAUUCAUUCCAACACAAUGUCGCAGUCCCCUACAGAGAACAAAAAUGAUACUGAUAUCACAAGAAUGAUAUGUGAUCCAAAAGAAACUAGUGAGUGGAAAUGUAAGUUAGAUUUGUAA